CUCCUACAAGAUGUCAACCUCGCCGAGGUCUACAGCGACCCCAAGACGAUCGUCGACAAGCCGACUUCGAAGCGCUCGCAGGAGGUGCUCUCUGACUUCGCCGCGCUCCAGAACAACUCUGGGACGGCCGGGAUCACGGAGGGCGACAUCAUCACAUUCGAGGACGACGACUUCACGGGCGAGGGUCAGGAGCUCGCGGUGGUGACGCUCACGGACUUCAACGACAGCCCGGCGUUCCUCGAGAACGUGACGGACCCGCUGAUCCAGGCGUGGGCGCAGACUGUGAGCGGGUACUGGGCGGACCUGAUUCGGGAGACGAACACGAGCGCGACGUGCCCGAUCUACCCGGACGCGGGCGACUGCGAGGGCACAUUCAUCCCUUUGAACCAUACCUUUGUUAUCCCGGGCGGGAGGUUUCGUGAGCAGUGUGAGUACGCUGCAACUAACUAUUGGGACUCGUAUUGGAUUGUUCAGGGCCUGAUGCAGAGUGAACUCUACGACAUCGCGAAUUCAACUCUGCAGAACUUCAUGGACGAAAUUGACACCUUCGGGUUCAUACCUAAUGGCGGGCGCAUAUACUACCUGGACCGUUCGCAGCCUCCGAUGUUCACCCGCAUGGUUGCGGACUACGUCGCCGCUACAAACGACAUGAGCAUCUUGACACGCGCGAUCCCGGCCAUUGAAACUGAGCUGCAAUGGUGGGUGAGCAAUCGCAGCGUGCAAGUGACGAGCCCAUACACGAACCAGACCUACACGAUGUAUCAUUAUUCCGUCACUAACUCCGCACCGAGACCCGAGUCAUACAUCGACGACUAUGCCACUGCAUUCGACCCUACGCUGCCCUCGCUGAACGAGACCGAGCGCUCGGCACUGUACGCGGAGCUCGCGAGCGGCGCAGAGACGGGAUGGGACUACUCGUCGCGCUUCGCUGCGCAGCCAUUCGCGGGUGGGACGAACAACACGAACCCCACGUUGCGUUCAUUGCAGGUGCGGGAGCAUAUCCCUGUUGAUCUCAAUAGCAUCCUCUAUAAGGCGCACACCCUCUUAGUCGAUAUGUACACCUCCACGGGGAACAGCACCGGCGCCGCCGCGCACCUCGCGACCGCCACGGCGCUGCGCGCGGGGAUCCUCGACCUGCACUGGGACGCCGAGAAGCUCGCGUUCUACGACUACAACCUUACCGCGGGCGCGCGCAACAGCAUCUACAGCAUGGCGACGUUCUACCCGCUCUGGAACGGGAUCGUGCCCGAUGAGGUGCUCGGCAGCGAGGAGAACGCCUUUGGCUUGUUUGCCGGCGUGAACUUGGUGAUGAACAGGUAUAACGGGAGCUUGCCCGUGACGUUCUUGGAAACAGGGCUGCAGUGGGACAGCCCUAACGCAUGGCCCCCACACCAGUUCAUCGUCCUCGAAGCGCUAUCGGCUCUCCCAUCCAACCUCACCUCGGGCGCGCUGCCGACGCCCGCCUCGAAUGAGUCGACGUAUGCGCUCGUCCCCGCGGGCCAGCUCGGCCUCGCGGAGGACGAGCUGCCGGGACAGCUCCUCGGCGCGGGACUCGGGAACGCCACGAGGGUCGGGCCCGGCGCGGACAUCAGCAGGCUGAACGGCACGGUCGUCAACGGUGGGAACGCGACGGAGGGGGAGGGCUGGGCGGACGUGCUCAAGCGCGAGGUGGCGAAUCGGUAUUUCGCGAGUGCGUUGUGUAGCUGGCACGCAACUGGUGGGUCAAUUCCCGGCCUGCUGCCACAGUUGCCCGACGACGUCCUGAACAUCACUGGGAGCAUCGGCAACACGGGAAAUAUGUUUGAGAAGUUCAAUACGACUGAUGUAGACUCAUCCGGUAGUGGCGGAGAGUAUACGGUCCAGGCUGGCUUCGGGUGGACGAAUGGCGUCGUGCUAUGGAUUGCCGCAAACUACGGUCAUGUGCUUGCGGCUCCUGAUUGCCCCGACAUCCUCGAGAUCGUCGGCGCAAGCAGCAACAGUAGCGGCACCACCACUACCACUACUUCUACGACGUCGUCCUCGGCGUCCGUCGGCUCGAUAGCAAGUACGACUGGCACCGCCCUUGGGCAAGCUGCGUCAGGCCAGACCAACGGGGCACCUAGGAGUUUGUCUGUGGGCGCGGCGUUCGCAGCGAUCUUCGCGGGCAGUGCUCUGGUGAUAUACUUGGCAUGA